GCCAAAAUAUCGCGUUUUGAAUCGGGGGUGUUCCUCUUUCUCGACGAUUGUGAACCAGACGCGAAUAAAAUGAACGAUUCACUAAAAAAUUCAGAAAAAUUGCUUAAUGACUGAUCUAUUAUUAGUUUCACCAUACUGAAAUAAUAAAAAAGUAACCAAUUAAAAUCCUUUUCUUUCACGAGAUGUCGCAUCCACGUGUUAAAAAGGGUAAUCGCAUCCGUACCUCCGUGAUUGCAUCACUGAGAGAUAACACGUGUGUUGCAUGUGAACGAAAGGGUAAAAGGUUGAUAAUGAGUGAUUCAUGUUUCAAUAAGACAGCUGAUGACAAAAGUGGUGAUAAUCUUGAGUCAUUAUUUCUUGCAAAAUCAUAUUUUAACAGUGAAAUUGCUGUUAGAUGCUGUAUAUCAGAUGAUUCUGAAAAAAUUCAGACAAUAUUAAAAGACUGGUGUGAUCAUAAAGGCCUAGAUUUGAUAUUAACUGUUGGAGGAACUGGAUUUACAGAAAGAGAUGUUACACCAGAAGCUACAAAGGCAGUAAUAGAAAAAGAUGCACCUGGUAUAAGUAUAGCAAUGGUUCAAGGAUCACUAAAAAUUACUCCAUAUGCAAUAUUAUCUAGGAUUCAUCACACCACUGAAUAUGUUACAUCAGUGCAACAGAUUUUGCAAAACAAUGCAACAGAAUCAACAAAUGAAAGUAAAGUAGAUGUGUCUUGUGUUGCAAAAAGACCUAGACAUUCAAUUUAUCCUCUUGUUCCUGUACAAGAUGCACAAAAAUUAAUAAUAGAUGAAUGUGAUAGCAUGAAUGUAAUAUAUCUUAAAUUUAAAGAUUGCCUUGGAUUUAUCUUGGCUGAAGAUAUUUUUGCAAUUGAUAAUCUCCCUCCAUUUCCUGCUUCCAUAAAAGAUGGAUAUGCAGUAAUUGCUUCAGAUGGUGAUGGAAAAAGAAAAGUUUUAGGGGAUGUAACUGCUGGAAAAAAGCCUGAUGAAUACAAAUUGAUGUCAGGAAAUUGCAUAAGAAUAAGUACAGGAGCACCUGUACCUUCAGGAGCUGAUGCUGUUGUACAAGUUGAAGAUACAGAACUUACAAAUCAAUCUGAUGAUGGAAAAACAGAAAUAGAAAUUGUCAUUCAUACAAAACCUAAAAUUGGGCAAGACAUAAGACCAGUUGGAAGUGAUAUAAAAAAAGGUGAAUUAAUUUUAUCUAAACAAACUAAACUUGGUCCUGCUGAAUUAGGAAUAUUGGCUGCAGUUGGUCCAAUUAAUAUAAAUGUAUAUAAGAAGCCUAUUAUUGGCAUUCUGUCUACUGGAAAUGAGAUUGUUGAACCUGGUGAUGAUUCUUCAAAAGGAGGAGUUAUUCGAGAUAGUAACAAGACUACACUAUUAGCAUUAUUUAAAACUGAAGAUUUUUCAACAUAUGAUGGAGGAAUUGCUAAAGACAAUCCAGAAGAAAUAAAAAUGAAAUUGGAUAAAAUGUUUCAAAAUGCAGAUGUAAUUGUCACAACUGGAGGAGUUUCAAUGGGAGAAAAGGUAGUUUUAAUACAUAACAUAUACUCUUCUCCACUUCAAUAUGUAAAAUUGUUUAAAAUAUCUUUCUCUGUCAAUGCCAUCAUUCAAGAUAUAAUUAUUACAAAUGUAAAAUUCUGUAUUUGGUUUGAACAUUUGACAUAUGCUUCAAGAAAAAAUAUUUUAUUUUACAGAAAACCAACUACAUUUGCAACAGUUAAUUAUAAUGGAAAGAAGAAAUUAAUAUUUGGUUUACCAGGAAAUCCAGUUUCAGCAACAGUAACGUGUCAUUUGUUUGUACUUCCUGCUCUUAGAAAAAUCAGUGGUUAUCAAAAUGUAAUGCCAACUCUUAUAAAAGCAAAGCUCAGUACAGAUGUGCAGUUAGAUCCAAGACCAGAAUAUCAGAGAGCUCAUCUUUUUUGGCAGCCUGAUUCAAACCUUCCAUUGGCAGUUGUUACUGGCAAUCAGAUAAGCAGCCGUCUUCCAAGUAUGCACAAGGCUAAUACAUUAUUAACUUUACCACCAUGCAGUGAAACUUUAAAAAUGCUACAACAGGGAACUGAAGUAAAUGCUCUUGUAAUUGAUAAAAUAUAAUUGUUACUGUUGACAUAUUCUAAUUUCAUUUAAUAUAAUUCAAAAAACAUGAUUUAAUCAGAGUAUAUUUCUAUAUUUUUUUAAUAUGUUAAAAUAUUUUAUAAUUGCUUAUUAAAAAAAUUAAAUAUUGAUCACAUUGUAAAAUAUUGUGUUGUUUAUAUUAAACUGUGUGUGUAUAUUAAAGUUAAAAUUCUCAUACAUUGUAUCUC